AUGUUUUUAAACUAUCAAGAAGACUUUUUCAAAGAUCAGUCAGACUAUCAGUACAUGUUUGGACAAGAGUUAUCAUCAGAAGUUGACUUGUUUGAGAUCAGGCAUACGGGCAAUACUCAAUCUCAGACUGGGACAGAAAAGAAUCCUUUCAUUGAGCCCGGAGACCCUGGGAUAUUUGUUCAAGAGUCUGACAAGAAACCAAAUUUGUCUGAAAUCUCCAAUUUUCAUGCUCCAAUUCUGGCUGAAGAGGACUUAUUCUCCGAAACUGAGCACCUUUUGAAAAUUCUAAGAAAGGAAGUGGGACUCUGACCUAUCGAAGUAUACCUAGACAAUAAAACUGGACAAAUUAUGAUCAAGAACAAGUCUGUAGAAGGGCUAGACUCAGAAUCUGUUCUUCAGCCAGAUUCACCUCAAGAACCACAAGCUGAGGCUGUUAAAAGCGAAGAGAAUUCCAGCUCAUUGUGAUUUAACAGGAGAGUCAGGUUCUCAAAGAAGCAUGACAGAGAGAUGUUCAGCAUACUCAGAGAGCUCUGAGACACCCACUGAGUACCGCUCUCCAACUUCUGCUCUGUCAGAGAACCUCUUGUGGAAAGUGCCCAGCUGGUGAUGGACAAACUCUCAGAAGAAAUAAAGUGGAGAAAAAGCAGGAAGAAAGAUCUUCUCAAGAGGAUUUGCAAAUAUGUAAAUGAUCCUACUUUCUCUCUCAGAGAUGCAAGGUUGCUCAGAGAACUUGUGAAGUCACAAAAACAGAAGGGAGCCAUAGAUUUCACGUCCUUGCUCUACUAUUUCCCUGGAAAAACAGCUCAGCAGUUAGAGUAUCAAUACUCAAAAUCGAAGGACAGAAAGAGAACAAGAAUAUCUAAUUUAUUAUAAAGUUUCAUUAA